AGGAACAGCAGGGUGUGAACAACAGGUGCAGCGCGAGGAGCGACAGGUAAAGUUCAGCAUCGCUACCCGGAAGACACUUUAAUAGGCUAGUGAAUCCUAACACACCUGUAGACCUGUCUGUUCAGAGAUAUACUUCGUCCUUCGCAAACGAAAUAAGGGUGUUCAAUGGCUAACCUUCAAGAGGAGUUCCAGGACCAGUUCAACGAUGUAGUCAGCAGGCUGGAGUCCCACCAGUUCUUCCAAUCCGAUUGGGACAUAGCGUCUUUCGCCGUGUUUUUCAUCUUCAUCGGUAUGGUUCUACUGCUCGUGCUCUUGGUCCUUAUCCGUUGCUGCUGCUGUUGCUGUGGCGAUGAGAAGCCAAGAAGAAGGAAGGUUGGAAUAGAAAACAUGGGCCUGGAUUCCUGAGCGCAGAGAUGUCUUGGUUCAAUUAGUUUCACAAAGGGCCAACAAUGUUCCAGGUCUGUGUGCGCUCACUGCUUUCCCUCGAGUGCACCCCAUGCUAUAGGUGUUGAUUAUAUUCAACCAUCUGAUCGUCUCACAUUGUACCCCUUUAAGCAACAAAUGACAAGCACGAAUCAUUAGAGCACAUUUUUCUAUUCUAUUUUUCUAUACUAUGGCAUUAGAAUUGUAACGUUAGAUGACAAAAUGUCUGUUUGAAACAUUUUUAAAUUGUGUAAAUUGUUUUUAAAUGUUGAUUUUUAUGCAUAAAUGAUCUACAUUAA